AUGGAUCCAGCUUUUUACAAAUUUCUAGACCUGUCAGGAAUAGUCAUCACGGAGACCACGAAUUUAACACCGCUACUUGCAGACUAUUGGAAUUUCACAGCCUACGCCGCCGAAUUCCCCGAUAACAUUUUUGAAUUAAAUUUCAUAAAAUGGAACCUACACGGGAAAAUCAAUACGGCAAAUGAAGCUUCAACAAAGCAAAUCAACACAACACCUCAAUACCAAACUCCACCGCAACCGCAAGUGAAUACUGUGACAUCGCAAUCCCAAACGCCACCACAACAAAUCAAUUCCUACCCAUAUCAGCCAUCACCACAACAGAUUUCAGUACCCUCGCCUACAUCGGUAUUUAGUCCGAGUAAAGUUUUAACCGCUGACUUUCCACAACUACCUGUUAAAUUAGCAAAGUUGAAAAAACAUGUCAACAUCGUCGAAGGUCAGUUUAACGCAUUCACGCUCGAGACGCCCGUUGAACAAAACGAAACCAUUGUUAUUGAAGAAGAAAAAUCAUCGAAACCCGAACCCGACGUAUUCCCUGCCCUGACCACAUAUCUUGACAACAUGAUAGCGAACAACGCGGUGGAUGUGAAUAUACCCCAAAUUCCAGCACAGAAUAUCCCCGAAGUAUUCACGGCGCCUGUAAAAGUAAAUCGCGGUAAAGAUAUUGCUGCAGCACGAAAAUCGUUUGAAGACGAGAAAAAAGAGAAGCGGGCCCCGGCAAGGAAACGAAAGCGUGAAUGUGGUCGACCCACAAACGACCAGCAACUUAUCAGAAUGGACGAGGAAUUCAACGAUAUGCUUGCGUUGCAAUUAACACGAAGACAGCUUACGCUUCCAGAUACGCGUGGCAAGUGCAAGAAAAGUCGAAAGAUUUUAACGAAAAUACCCGAAGAUAUCAUCGUAAAUACUGGUCGCGAAUAUCAAACAUACGAACUGUUCGCCGACGUACGUACAGAAGCGUUAAAAAUUAUCCAAGAAAAACGUGAACUUCUGGAAAAAAUCAACGCUGCCGAAUAUGUACUCCAUACAUUAUCUAAGAAACAAAAUAAUAGUGACUCUAGUUCAUAA